AUGCGUAGUAACAAGAAGAACACGAAGAAGCAGUGCGCCUCUUCCCCUCAGGAGCCACAGCGGGGAAAAAGAAACAUCAGGUCCAUGAGCUACCAGGUGCUUAGAGUGGAGAUGGCCGGAACUAAUGGCACCUCGGGGUAUUACUGUAUCCAGACAUCUCUAUUACGCAGCGCCAAAAGACUUCAGGAUGUACUGACUGUGUGCGACUGCCCCAGCGGUCAGUUCCUCUCCGUUCAGUGUCAAGAUUGUGGGCGCAGGAAGAUGGCUGUGGACCGAAUCGUGGGGGGACAGGAUGCCUCCCUAGGUCAGUGGCCGUGGCAGGUCAGCCUGAGAUACGAUGGUGCACACCUCUGUGGGGGCUCCUUAAUCUCCAGUGAGUGGGUCCUCACUGCGGCGCACUGCUUCCCUGAAAGGAACCGUGUGGUCAGUCUGUGGAAGGUGUUUGCAGGUGGCGAACCCCAUGUGUUACCCCGCGAUAAUCUGCACAGUGUGAGGAGCAUCAUAUAUCAUGGCGGGUAUUUACCCUUCAUAUACACCGACAGUGAAGAGAACAGCAAUGACAUCGCUCUGGUGCACUUGAUCACCCCCCUCACACUCACAGAGUUCGUUCAGCCGGUUUGUCUCCCCGCUCUGGGGCAGCAGAUGAUGGACGGGAAGGUUUGCUCAGUGACGGGGUGGGGUAAUACCCAGUAUUAUGGUCAGCAGUCAGACAUUCUGCAGGAGGCGUCGGUGCCCAUAAUAAGCAGCACGGUCUGUAAUACCCCGGAGUAUUACAACAAUCAAAUCACAGGGAAGAUGUUCUGCGCUGGAUACCCAGAGGGAGGCACUGAUGCUUGUCAGGGGGACAGCGGUGGCCCUUUUGUUUGUGAGGACUCCAUCUCUCGCACUUCAAGAUGGCGUCUGUGCGGAAUUGUAAGUUGGGGAAUAGGCUGCGCAUUGCCAAACAAACCUGGAGUGUACACCAAAGUGGAUCAAUACCAAAGAUGGAUCUACAGAGCCAUGAAGAUGAAAUCAGAAGUGGCAGGAAUCCUGGAGAUGUAAUGAUGACGGAUGACACUGCCAGGCCGGAGAGGGAAGACACCGCUCAUAUCUGGGUUAGCAAAAUUUUAUUGAGGGAAUGGACCCCCUGCCCCCUCGGAUCCCUCUUAUACCGCCAUCUGGACAGAAUUCCUCCAGCCCUGUCCUCCAUGGGAAGUUGUCUUGUCUCCAUUUGGUUGAACUAUAAGAAGUGCCAUGGCCUGGUAGUCCGGUUCUUACUGUGUCCUUAUUGACUUGGAUUUGUUCAGUGGCCAAUGGUUGAAUGAUCUGAUUGGUUGAAUCGUGUGACAGAGCCGGCGGUGUGGGGUGAUAGACGAUGGGCUACUGGGCCGGGUCAUAUAUGGGUAGGGAUGAGCUUAGUUGAAACCUCAGGAUUAAUCCCCACGGUCCUGAUCCCUAACAGGGUCACUCUUCUACAAGACCGGAUCUCAUUCUUGGUUGGUCUUUCAAUUUGUUAUAGAGCAAAUGGUGGAAAAAACUAUUGUUGAUGGUGAAGGUUCGUAACCAAUACAUGUGACCUCUUCACCAUAAUUGUGCCGGCCGCCUGUUUCACCUCAGCCUUUAAGCCAAGUGGACUUCAGGCCCCUUCAAUUUGUGUUACCAUGGGAAUGGUUGGUUUACCAUGGGAAGCCUCAAACAUGGGGCAUAGUUGUAAAAGGGCUGGCUGAUGGGGGGUCUUGCACUUUGGACAUGGGUGGUCUUGGUCUUGGUCUUGGACAUGAUUGUGUUGGGCUACGGAUCUGACUGCAGCAAUAUCUGGUCUUGUUUCAGGAUGAGGUCACGUGGUCAAUGACAUUUUGUCGCAUUUAAUGUGACCUUCAUGAGAACAUCUCUGGGGCCCUUAGUGGUUCUUCUCAUCGUGAACUGGGAACAUCCAUUGGGCGGGACGAGCUCCUCUGCAAGGCUACGAAGGUCCAAAAAGUCACAUGGAUUGCAAUGGAGCCUGAAUAUUUUACCAAAUGUUCAGACAUAGUUAAAGGAUUUCUCCAGGAUUGAUCGACUGAUCCUCCAUCAACAUCUCAGGGGGCUGAUCAGCUGAUCAAUGAAGCCAGGGCACCUCGAUUGUUAGCAAACUUAGAACCAUAUUUUAGAGGGGUACUCUGGUGGGAAAAAAAUUAAAUCAGCUGGUGCCAGAAAGUUAAACAGAUUUGUAAAUUACUUAUUUAUAAAAAUCUUAACCCUUCCAGGACUUAUCAGCUGCUGUAUUCUCCACAGGAAGUUGUGUAGUUAUUUCCAGUCUGACCACAGUGCUCUCUGCUAACGCCUCUAUAGAAGCCACGAUCACCGUGUUCUCCUUCCUGCCUUUGGCAUACAGUAAUGUCAGGUGACUUUUCAGGUCACAUGGGUCUGCCACGUGGGUCUGUCACGUGGGUCGGCCACCUGGGUCUGCCACCUGGGUCUGUCACGUGGGUCGGCCACCUG